AUGUCUCACUGCCCACAGAUACAUUGUGUCAUGUUGUUGGUGUACUCUUUACGUUUGCGGCUCAAAACCGACUCUCUUGUGGAGUUGUUGGCCGGCAAGUAUCCGAGCAAGAUCUGCCAAACGAGCGGACGCAAUGCUGGAGGAAUACCGCUCCAUGCGUAUUUGCGCAGCUCUGCCAUGUCGAAUGGCUGCGUUGUCAGUGCCUUCACAAACUUAGCGUACUUGCCGUCGGUGCUUGGUCUUUCCAGAAUCACGAACGGGUCCUUCACGAUGGAUUCGUCGUACAACUUCUUCGAUCGCGACAUGUUCAAGUUCAGACUCGGUCUAGGUGAUUUGGUGGACCCGUUCGAGUGCACAGACCGCGUGUCGGGCGAAGAAGUGCGUUUUUGCGACUCGGACGCAACAAGGUCCAGAUGCGAGAACGAGGCCCCAAUGAUCUUCUGGCUGUCCAAGGUGAGCGAUGACUGGUCUAUCGGCGACUUUCUGAGUCCUGUCAGUGUCCUUAGCAGAGAAGGCGCCUGCGAAAGGUUCUGGUACCCUUCAGAGCCAAAUACAAAGUCAUUGACUUGUGACAUUUCCUGUUUCGUUAGAACACCCAAAUCCAUUGAGUUACUUACACUCGGCUGCUGGUACCCUUUUUUGCGCAUUGUAGGAAUCACGGACGGUGGUUUUUAG